AUGUACUCGGCCUCGUUGCCGCCGCCGCCGCCGCCCAGGCGGGACUUUAUCUCGGUAACGCUCAGCCCCGGCGGUGGAGGGACUGGGCCUGCGGCGGGAGGAGGCGGCGGCGGCUACAACAACAGCAAGGCCUGGCGGAGACGGUCUUGUUUACGGAAAUGGAAGCAGCUGUCCCGUCUCCAGCGGAGCGUGAUCCUCUUCGUGUUUGCUUUCUUGGCUGUCUGUGGAGUCAUCACCUAUGCAAACAUGACCGAGCCCUGGAAAAGCCUGACCAGCAGAUCCUCGGGGGAGCAGAGGAUGGAUUUGGAGAUCCCGGGUUUGAACCCAGCAAAUCAGGCAGUUCUGCCAAUACCCAAGCAAGCUGAUCCUGGUUUCAGGGAUUACUCAGAUAUUUCACUUCAGAAGCCCCCAAAGGAGCCUCCAGUCCGACGACGUCCUCCUAACCCGCAACUAAGACCACCUCCGAGAAAUUCAAAGGUGAAGCCGCGGGAGAAUGCAGCCAAGGCAGAGGAAGAGCCUCAUCAGGCGGUCCAAGAGCACAAAACAGAAAAGUCUGUUAUUAGCUGGCGAGGAGUAGUGAUUGAACCUGACCAGAUCACCGAGUCUCCUUCCAACAAAAUUAAGGACUUGGACAAACCCUCGCCCGUGGAAUCUGAAGACCAAAAAGAGCCAGUGCCUCUUAAUGAGCGCCAGAUGGCCGUGAUAGAGGCUUUCCGCCAUGCAUGGAAAGGCUACAAGGAAUUUGCCUGGGGCCACGACGAGCUGAAGCCCAUCUCCAAGUCAUUCAGCGAGUGGUUCGGACUGGGCCUGACACUCAUCGAUGCACUGGACACCAUGUGGAUUUUGGGCCUAAAGGAAGAAUUUGCAGAAGCAAGGAAGUGGGUCGCAACAGAGUUAAACUUCGAGAAGAAUGUGGAUGUCAACCUUUUCGAGAGCGCCAUUCGGAUCCUGGGGGGUCUGCUCAGCACCUAUCACUUGUCCGGGGACUCCCUCUUUCUCGACAAAGCCAAAGAUAUUGGCAGCAGACUCAUGCCAGCCUUCAGCACCCCUUCCAAGAUUCCAUUUUCGGAUGUAAACAUUGGCCGGGGCACAGCCCACCCGCCGCGCUGGACAUCUGAUAGCACGGUGGCCGAAGUGACCAGCAUCCAGCUGGAGUUUAGGGAGCUCUCGCGGCUCACUGGGGAAGAGAAGUUCCAGAAAGCCGUCGAUGGGGUGAUGCAACACAUUCACACCCUCCCUGGAAAGAACGAUGGUCUGGUGCCCAUGUUCAUCAACACCAACAGUGGGCAGUUUACCCACCUGGGGGUCUACACCCUCGGAGCUCGAGCAGACAGCUACUAUGAGUACCUGCUGAAGCAGUGGAUCCAGGGGGGGAAGAAGGAAAAUGAGCUUUUGGAAGAUUACGUGAAGGGCAUAGAAGGGGUAAAGAUGCAUCUCCUUCGCAAAUCCCAGCCCAAAAGGCUGACUUUCGUAGGUGAACUCGCUCAUGGCCGUUUCAGUGCUAAAAUGGACCACCUGGUUUGCUUCUUGCCUGGAGCCCUCGCUCUCGGAGCUCACAACGGACUCCCUUCUGAUCACCUGGACCUGGCCAUAGAGCUUGCGGAGACCUGCCGCCAGAUGUAUGCCCAAGUGGAGACUGGCCUGAGCCCAGAGAUCGUCCACUUCAACAUGCACGCCCAGAAGGACCGAAAAGAUGUGGAGAUCAAGGCUGCAGACAGACAUAACCUUCUGCGCCCUGAAGCUGUGGAGAGCUUUUUCUACCUGUAUAGAUUCACAGGCGACAAGAAGUAUCAGGACUGGGGCUGGGAGAUCCUCCAGAACUUCAAUAAAUACACACAGGUUCCUACAGGUGGCUACACUUCCAUAAACAACGUCCAGAACCCUAGCAAUCCUGAGCCAAGAGAUAAGAUGGAGAGCUUUUUCCUCGGCGAAACACUCAAGUACCUUUUCUUGCUCUUUUCGGAUGAUGUAGACUUGAUAAACCUCGACAAAUAUGUCUUCAAUACAGAGGCUCACCCCCUUCCUAUCUGGCGUCAGCGUAAAUGAAAUAUGGGCCGUCUGCCAUUGCCGGUCUUGAUCGUAUCCCAGCUUAUUGGGGCCCAGA